AUGACUUUUAAGCAGCGAGAGGCUCUUGUGAAUUGGAUUCAGGGUGAAACCAUUGUAAUUCGUCCAGCUGACAAAGGCGGACUAAUUGCUGUUAUGAAUUCAGACUGGUAUUCAAGUAAAAUGGAAGAAAGGUUGCAUGAUGAAAAGUUUUAUAAACAAGUUAGACUUUUUGAAGUAUGUAAAAUUAUUGAAGCAGUAAAGAGUAGUUAUGGACAUGUAGUCCAGGAGGCCACUGAAGAGCCUGGCCCAAUUUCCCAGGAGCACUGCCUGGUUAAGUGGCUUGUUCAGAGUCACACAGCAGGUUCAAGCAGCUUCACUUCUCCUGACCAGGAAAGAAGCAACUUUAAUGAGUCUUACCUGGAGAGGGACCAUUCUGUGCGGUAUCGUGGUAGUACAAUGGCAGGCCGCAGGUUUGAUGACACCCCAGUAUCAGGUGAUGUGGAGGCAGGACCAGGUUUUAAUGAAUCUCAGCCAGAUUAUCACUUGAGUUAUCGCAAUGGAACAACAGAUUUGAGCAGAACUAUGCAGUUUAUAGAUGCUGAAGGUGAAAAUGAAGCCAUUGAUUUCAGUACUUGGGCUGAGGAGCGCCUGGAAGAAGACUCGAGGCCAUUAAAGGAACUGGCUUUAACCAUUGCAGAGAAGCAAAAAAUCCGAAUCCAACGGCAGCAGAAGGUGACAGUGCUUUCUAACUGGGAGAUAUGGAAAGUGAACCAAAGGAAGUCAUGGAAACGAUUCCAGCUGGAAGCCAGGAACAUUUUGUCUCGCUUUGUGCUGUGGAGGGGCACACUCCAUAAAAUAGAAGGUCAUUUUGGAACUGGCAUCCAAUCCUACUUCACAUUUCUGCGCUUUCUUGUGCUGCUUAAUUUGGUCACAUUUUUCCUCAUGGCAAUCUUUGUGCUGAUUCCUAACAUGGUCUUUGACAGUCUCAGAAACCAGACAGAUGUAAGCAGCAUAACAGUUGUAGGAAAUGAAAGCUGCUCGGAGUAUAACCCAACUCCACAGGGGCUUGUAAGCUUCUUUAACUAUCUUAUGGACCUUCUUUCUGGGAUGGGCUUCAUGGAGAUGACAUACCUGUUCUAUGGAUACUACAGAAACUCAGUGGUUGAUUUGGAAUCCUUCGAGUACAACAUUCCACUGGCAUACCUCAUUACAACUGCUUUCUAUUUCCUUUUGUCAGUUUUCUGGAUUGUAAAGAGGUCAGUCUCUGGCUUCAGGCAGAGUCUGGUGUCAGAGGACAGUUCACUAACCAAUUACAGUAACAAGGUGUUUGCAGGCUGGGACUUCUGUAUAACAGAAGAAAAAGCAGUCCCACUUAAACAAAACAUCAUCCGGUAUGAGUUACAGAUGGAGCUUGAAGAAGAGAAAAUGCGCAAACAAAUGGCGGAACGGACAAUUUCCCAGCAAGCAGUGCUCUACAGUAUACGAGUUUUCCUAAAUUUAAUUGUUCUCACUCUCCUGGGAGCAUCUUUCUACUGUAUUUAUCUAUCUACUGAUUACUCCCAGGAAGUUCUUUCUUCGGAUGAUGCAGGUGUGAAAGGAAACUUUUUCCUAGAAUUGUUUGUUGCAUAUCUCCCAUCCGUCACCAUCACUGCUGCCAACUUCAUCAUGCCGACAAUCUUCAACUUCAUAAUCAUGUUGGAACGCUACACACUCACAACGGAAAUCAAACUGACAUUAGUGAGGUCUGUAUUUUUGCGUCUUACCAGCCUUGGAGUUCUUCUUUUCUCUCUGUGGUCCCAGAUCACUUGUGAUGGAAAAAUGGACACAAGCAAUACCGUCAACAAUUCCUGCCGCUGUGGCUAUAACUAUGAACAAUACCAGUGCUGGGAAACUCGAAUUGGACAAGAGAUGUACAAGCUGAUUAUUUUUGAUUUUAUCACCGUACUGUUGGUAACACUACUAGUGGAGUUUCCUCGAAAAAUGCUGGUUCAGCAUUGUCCCUGUAAGCUUCUCCAGUUGUGGGGCCAACAAGAGUUCAUUGUCCCCCAGAAUGUACUGAAUAUCGUUUAUGGACAGACGGUCUGCUGGAUUGGCACUUUCUUUUCACCACUGCUUCCACUCCUGAACACACUGAAAUACUUCAUAAUAUUCUACAUAAAGAAGCUGUCCUUGUUCUCUAACUGUCGCCCUGCCAACCGUACUUUCCGAGCCUCCAGUUCCAACUUCUUCUUCUUACUGGUACUGCUCCUUGGGCUGGCCCUGGCCUGUGUCCCUGUACUGUAUGGCAUUAUCGCAAUUCACCCAUCAGAAGGAUGUGGCCCCUUCCGUGGACAGGAUCGGAUAUGGAUGACACUCCCUAAGGCAGUCAAGAGUCUGCAGAACCCCAUUCCAAGAGAAUUCCUUCUUUUUAUUGGCUCCCAGGCUUUUGCUGUGCCUCUUUUCUUUUUAACAUGUUUGGUUGUGCUUCUCUUGGCUCUGGCUAAGUGUUAA